UUCUAAAUAUGUUUUCUUUGUUUUUGUUGUUUACAGGAAGGUGAUAGGAAAUUGGAAGCGCAAAUAGAAGCGUUAUUGAAUGUAGAGAAACAAAUGAGACAAGCUGGUGACGUGGCAGGUACUAGAAAAGCAGCUACAGAUAUACUUCAACUUUGUUUCGAUGCGAAAUCAUGGAAAAUGCUUAAUGAACAGAUUGUUCUCUUGUCUAAGCGACGGGGACAAUUAAAACAGGCUGUACAGGCCAUGGUCCAACAAGCAAUGGAGUAUAUUGAUCAGACGCCAGAUCUUGACACUAAGAUAGAACUCAUCAAAACGCUUAACAAUGUGUCUGCAGGAAAGAUAUAUGUUGAGAUUGAGAGAGCUCGUUUGGUUAAGAAACUGGCAAAGAUUAAAGAAGAACAAGGACUUAUAGCCGAGGCUGCUGAUUUGAUGCAAGAAGUUGCGGUUGAAACCUUUGGAGCGAUGGCAAAAACUGAAAAGAUAGCCUUUAUUCUUGAACAAGUUCGUCUAUGCCUAGAUCGUGAAGAUUAUGUUCGUGCUCAAAUACUCUCAAGAAAGAUCAACCCCAGAGUGUUUGAAGCUGAUCCCUCUAAAGAAAAGAAGAAACCAAAGGAGGGUGAAAAUGUGGUCGAGGAGCCCGCUGCAGAUAUUCCAUCACUGCUAGAGCUGAAGCAGACCUAUUAUCAAUUAAUGAUUAGGUAUUACUCACAUAACAAUGAUUACCUUGAAAUAUGUCGCUGUUACAAGUCUAUCUAUGAGAUCCCUUCAGUGAAAGAAGACCCAGCACAGUGGAUACCAGUUCUGAGGAAAAUUUGCUGGUACUUGGUAUUGUCUCCCCAUGAUCCUAUGCAAUCAAGUCUUCAUAACUCAACUUUGGAGGACAAGAAUCUUUCAGAAAUUCCUCAUUUCAGGCUGCUUCUGAAGCAAUUGAUUACGAUGGAGGUCAUUCAGUGGACUGCUUUAUGGAAUACAUUCAAGGAUGAGUUUGAAAAUGAAAAGAAUAUGCCUGGUGGAACUUUGGGCGACAAGGCUGCCAAAGAUCUCCAACUGAGAGUUAUAGAGCAUAACAUCCUUGUCGUCUCAAAAUACUACUCAAGAAUAACCUUGAAGAGAUUGGCAGAUUUGUUGUGCCUCGAUAUUCAGGAAGCCGAAAAGCAUCUAUCUGAAAUGGUUGUAUCGAAAGCAUUGGUUGCUAAGAUUGACAGACCUAUGGGUAUAGUCUGUUUCCAACCCGCAAAAGACAGCAAUGACAUCUUGAAUUCAUGGGCUUUUAAUUUGGAGAAGCUGCUUGACCUUGUCGAAAAGAGUUGCCACCAGAUCCACAAAGAAACAAUGGUGCACAAAGCUGCAUUAAAGGCUUGAAAAAUUGGUCCGACUCCACAGUACUCUAUUUCUAAGGACAAGCAGCAGAGACAAAUACUGGCAAUCUUGAUUCUUCUGCCUGUACCAUCACGAUUUGCCUGCUCGUUUUCAGGGCUUCAACUUGCUUCCCCCAUUUUGUAUCUUAAUCAAUGUUUUCUCCGCAUGAUUUAUUCAUUGUGAUCGACAGAAAUUUAGGUUUGAUGCUAAGAGAUGUCAAGUUCUUUAACACUUAUUUACUCAGUUAACUAUUUAUCACAUUCUGAAGACUGGAGAAUCAGAGCAAUGAUUUUAUUUCAAAUGCAGCUUUCUGUAGUAAUUUCAAUGGUGUGGCCCCAUGUUUGGGAAUCAAAUUUAGCAAGGGAUAUUUCUUGAAUAGUCUAAAGAUUAGAUACUUGCCUUGUUAA